AGUACAGCGAAAUAACGGAACAGGGUUGAUCUGCUAUCUCAAUGCGAUCGAGUUCGAAGUGGAUGGUGACCCAAAGUCUCUAGAAAUUAUUCCCCGCUUCCGAACGGUUAAUCCGAGCCGGCUGGGGUCUGUGAGGCUGAGUGAGACGCGGAUGUGUUGGGCGAAGCAUAUUAAGGGUACCCCUGCGAUAAACACUUCUAUCUCCCCUCUGUUUGCCAUACCUGAGAAAUAAUUAGGCAUACAGCAAUACUUCAAGCCUAUACACACCAACACCAGUUACAUAUUCUACACCUCGACUGCGAUCGUCUCUCGUUCUUCCUGACGAAACGGAUCUGCGGGGUCCUGGUGGUAUCCGAAAGUAGCUGACGCCAUAACUGGAGGCCGAUUAAACGCCCAGAUGGCUGAUCUCAGAAAUGGCCCGGAGCAGGAUCAGGAGCAUGAGGGUGCGAAGCCGUCGGAGCUUAUCAUCGAAGCGUGCAGGAGGAACAACACCGAGCUUCUAAGCUCAGUUAUCGAGGAGUGCUCAUCGCCGGAAGCCGCCGCCAAACUGCUGAACGAAUCGAGGAGCGUCUUGGGCAACUAUGCAUACCACGAGGCUGCUUCUAACGGGCAUUACGAGGUCAUCGAUAUGCUCCUCGACCAAGAAGGAUUCGAAUGCGACCCCAUCAACAAGAGGGAGGGUGACACCCCACUUCACUCUGCCGUGCGCUGGGCGAAUGAACAAUCUGCGGAGAACCACGAGUAUUCAAUUGGUCUGAUUGAUAUGAUGCUGGAAGCUGGAAGCGACCCCAAGAUCCGCAACAAAGCGAAGCUAAAGGCAGCCGAUCUCGUCAAUCCUGCAAACACCGAACUACGAGACUUAUUACAGAAGGCUGAAUAUGUGCUCCAGAACCAGGGCGACUUUAUCGAUGCUGAGGAGGAGGAAGACGAGGGACCAACAGGGAGCAACUCUGACAGCGAUUUUGACGAAGAACCAACCAAUGGCAAGAAGAGGUAACAAGGCGCAUUCGCUUUGAAGGGCUGUGUCUACUGCACGACCGGGUAAUUAAAAGUCGUGGGAAUUUACUAGACAUGUCUGUGGCUGCUCGCUGCGGAGUACUACCUACCAAACAUGCCGCGUCACCCCUUGGGGCGCACAGAUGGAGCAAGGGAUGGGAACAGACUUAGAUGGUAGAGGGAUAAGCUUUGGUUCAACUGUGGCACUUGAACACGCACUUUGUACACAUGGUACAGCAACGAACGGCCACUACUCGGUGGUAUUUGCACAAAACAUAUCAAGAACAAGAAACUAUACUCGAUGCAUUUGACAGCGGCAUUUGGUGCGUCAUACUGAAGUAAGCCUUAUCGCUGGCGUUUCUUAUCAGGUGUCAACGGAGGGGCAAGGCUGGCAAGGCUACCGGGUACUCACUUAUAGAAAGAUCUCGUUUUCUUCAGACUCUUGCUUUGUUAUUUGAGAUACCUUCAAUGCGACGUUG